UCACCGGAGGUCCCUCAUUCUGAAGAUGGCGGCUUCGGCAGGGAGGGCAGCAAUGGCACUGCGUACGAAUAUCCGUCGGCCGGUUGCGUUUGUCAGAAAAAUUCCAUGGACCGCGACCUCGAGUGAACUGAGAGAACACUUUUCACAAUUUGGCCAUGUACGAAAGUGCACUGUUCCUUUUGACAAAGAGACUGGCUUUCACAGAGGUAUGGGUUGGAUUCAGUUUUCUUCAGAAGAAGAACUUCACAAUGCACUACAACAGGAAAAUCAUGUUAUUGAUGGAGUAAAGCUCCAUGUUCAAGCUCAAAAACCCAAAGCUUUGCAAGGGGACCAAACAUCUGAUGAAGAGAAAGAUUUUUGAGACCAUCACUGCCUACUAAAUAAACAAAACUGGAAAUUUUG